UUCUCUGAGUCGAUGAGGUGUGUGCACAAAUGUGAAACAGUCAAGUAGAGACUGUUGCUGACACAAGUCUGAAUGACAUGCUUGUUUACUGAGUUCAGAGAGCAAUAUUUUCUAUCAAAUGAAACUAAUAUACUCUUGACCUGCGCGUAGGAUCAAUUACUCGAAGGCAUCAGAUUCUUCACAAUCAUGCUAAAGCAGUUUAACAUCUUAAAGCAGUUUGGAAAUGGGGGGAAGUCACAAGAUGCAACUGACCUUCUUUCAGAGGAUCUGGUAUUGGUGGAACAACGUGUGGAGCCAGCCAAGAAAGCUGCCCAGAUCAUUCAUAAGAAGUUGGUAGGCUGCCUGCAGAGUCAGCAGGGACUGGACUCAGAGAGGCGGAUGAAAAAGUUACCCCUCAUGAUGCUCUCUGUCAGCAUGGCUGAGAGCUUUAAAGAUUUUGAUGGUGAAUCCUCUAUAAGAAAAGUUCUGGAAAUGUGCUGCUUCAUGCAAAAUUUCCUGGCACGGACUCUGGCUGACUUUGAGAUGAAGUUGGAGAAAGAAGUUCUUGUGCCUCUGAAUAAGCUCAGUGAGGAGGACCUGCCAGAGAUCUUGAAAAACAAGAAACAGUUUGCUAAACUUACAACAGACUGGAAUAAUGCUCGCGUCAGAUCUCAGACCAGCACAGGCCCACAGGCUAAGCAGGACGGACUAAGAGAGGAUGUAGAGGAGGCCUGGAAGAGACUGGAGUCUAUCAAGGAUCAGUACUCUGCAGACCUCUAUCAUUUUGCCACUAAAGAGGAUGAGUAUGCCAGCUAUUUCAUUCGUCUUCUAGAGCUGCAAGCUGAAUAUCACAAGGCCUCACAUGAAUUCCUGGAGAAAAACAUAACAGAGCUCAAAGAGAGUCACAGCAACACAGAGCCCCAAGUGAGUUCAUCAGAAAAUAAGGUAUUCGGAGAGCCUCUGCUGUCUCACCUUGAGAGUUGUGGGAAAAAGAUUGCUGUCCCUAUUGAAGAGUGCGUAAGCAUGCUGCUUCGUACAGGACUCAGGGAAGAGGGGUUGUUCAGACUAGCAGCUGCUGCAUCUGUUGUGAAAAAACUGAAAAACUGUCUGGAUUCAGGGACAGUCGACCAGAAUGAGUUCAGUUCUGACCCACAUGCUGUGGCAGGGGCUCUUAAGUGUUACUUGAGGGAAUUGCCUGAACCGCUCAUGACAGUUGAGCUAUAUAAUGACUGGUUCAAAGCUGCAGGAGAAAAAGAAACAGAUGAAAAAUUGAAGCAGCUUCGGAUAGUGUUGCAAAAACUUCCCACGGAAAACUAUAACAACCUCAGAUACCUUGUCCAGUUUCUGUCACACUUGUCAGAGCAGCAAGCAGUAAAUAAGAUGACACCCAGCAAUAUUGCCAUAGUGCUUGGGCCUAAUCUACUGUGGCCUCGCUGUGAGGAAGAGACAUCAUUGCUAACCAUGGCAUCCGCAUCUUCGGUCCAAGUUGUGACUGUCAUAGAGCCGCUCAUACAGUAUUCCAAGAGCCUCUUCCCCGAAGAGGCUGAUUUCGAGAUCCCAGAACAACCUGAAAGCCCGAUUCCGACGAUAUCCCCGAGAUCUCUUUCUGACAGCGUCUUUUCCUCUCUCUCUUUCUCCUCUGGUCGACCAUCCCUAUCAAAAACUGACAGCUCUGCAUCAUCUGAGGAUUUCGGUGGGACAGUAGUUGUUAAAGCUGCUCAGGUGAACCGUGAUGCUGUUUUGUGGGACAACACCAAUUCUGAUUCAGUCGCUCAACCACCUACACAGAAUCACAUCCCUUCGGCACUUCCUCGUUACACUCCGGUACUCGCCCAAAGCCAAUCGCAGACUAAGCCGAAGAGCUUCAACCAAUCAGAGCCAAUUCAGGAGUCGUCCUCCCAGUCCCAGGAGCCCACGCUGAAGAUCGCUGGUCCAUAUAAACCAAGGAGGUCGUUCAUCCAGCACAAGACAUCAAACCUUGCCAAAGGCCCUCCGGUAAGCCAGACAGGCCCUGUAUCCACAGCCCAGACGAGAGUGUUCCCUGUUCCUCUGCCUAGAAGCUCUGAAAUAAAAGCACCACCUUCACCAAAGCCCGAAACCACCCAAGCUCCACUACCCGCGUUGCCUGAAGCAGGACCACCAAAGAAACCCCAAGGCAGAAGACCCAAAGUCCCUCCUCCACAACCACCCCAAGCACUGAACAAACAGCUCACCUUUCCAGCUCAGUGAAUAGAAAGUGGACUGGAAAAAGGACUGGAUUGUGAUGACAUCUAACAGUUAAUGCAGUAUCUUCUUUAACCAAAGUUUGGAUUUUUCUGUAAGACUUUUUACAGGAAGUCUCUUAUGCUCACUAAGGCUACAUUUAUUUGAUCAAAAAUAUAGUAAAAACAGUAAUAUUGUGAAAUAUUAUUACAAUUUAAAAUUUGAUAUAUUCUAAAAUGUAAUUUAUUAAUCUUAUAGCAAAUAUUCAUUUUCAGCCAUUAUUCCGGUCUUCGGUGUCAUGUGAUCUUUCAGAAAUCAUUCUAAUAUACUGAUUUGGUGCUCAAGAAACAUUUCUUAUUAUCAAAGUUGAAAAUAAUUGUGUUGCUUAAUAUUUUUGUGGAAACCUUGAUACAUUUUUCAGGUUUCUUUGACGAAUGUAGAGUUCAAAACUGAACAGCGUUUAUUUGAAACAGAAAUCUUUUGUAACAUUAUAAAUGUCUUUACUGUCACUUUUGAUCAAUUUAUUAGUUUCUUUAACACUCUUACUGACCCUAAACUUUUGAACUGUAGUGUUUGUCUUUUUGGUUAGCCUCUUUUCUAGUAUUUUAGAUCUGCUAUAGAGAUGCAGGGUUUAAGGACUGUCAAACACAAAUAUAACAUAGAACAAUCUGACUUCCUUUGGUUUCCGUCUGGGGCGUACUGACGCUUCACAUUAGCUAUUUAUGCAUAAGCUUAUUCUGAAGCAUGACAUUUGAAAAGCCAUAACAGUCAAAUCAUGGUCACACUUGUUAAAGCAUUUUAAGGCUGAUGUUGUUCAUAGCUUCUUUUAAUGAAAACUUUAUUGCUGUCAUUGAUAACAUACAUUGCUAAUUUGUAUAUUUCUUGUGCAAAGCCGCACAUACGUACAAUAUGUACAUAUUAUAUUGUGAUUAAGGGAAUGAAUGGAGAGGUCAGCUCCUCUGUCAUAAUAAACAAAACUUAAAUUCAAACAAAAUUCAUAUUCAUAUAUCAUAAUACAUUGAUAAACAUUGGUGGGCAUAAUAUUACUGAAUGACGUGUUGAUUUGAAGAUAUUUAUCAUCUAAUAAAGGAAAUGAAAGUCA